GCUUCGUUCAGUUCGACCCAACAACGAAACGAAUAUGAUACUAAGCAAACUAUUGUCUAUCGAUGAAGUGAACGGCUUGAUCAGCGAGCACUUCAUCAAGAUUUUCGGCAAUGUCGUGCAAAAUUCUACGGCAACUGCUAUAGGGAUUUUGAAGUACAGACCUUUUGGAAACGUCAAGGAUUUGCAGAAUGCCAUCGAAGUUUAUUUGGAUUCGUUGAAGACUGUUGAUAAGGAGAAGAUUCUCCAAGACCAUCCAGAUAUGGUAUCAAAACUUACCGAUCUUAGCCGUUUGAUGCUCGAAUAUGAAGUGGAGAUCGAAGGUAUCUACGAAGUGAAUCGUCCAAGCGUUGCUGAAAAGAUGCAUUUGAAAGAACUCAACAGGAAAUACAUUAAAAAGUUUGGAUUUCCUUUUAUCAGCUUUGGAAAGGAAAAUUUCUUCGAUGUUUUCACGGAUAUUGAAAAAAGGAUUGAUAAUAACAAAGAAGAGGAAAUCUUAACAGCCAUCAAAGAAAUUAAAAAGAUUUGCAGAUUGAGAGUUUUGGAAAUUGUUCAAUAAUUACUUAAUACUUACUUUUGUCUAAAUUAACAAAAGUAAGGUCUCUUUUAUUGUUAAACAAUAAGACUGUUGUUACUGGGAUUUAUAAUUUCAAUAACGUUUAUUUUUUAACUGUUUCUUGUACCAAGAAAUAUAUUAUGUGUCAUAUGUAAUUAUCUGAGAUAUUUUUAAUAAGUAUUAUUUAUACUAUUUCUAAUAUAGGAUUUUAUUAAAACUUA